GAAUUUUGGUGUAUCGCCUUUAUCGUCAACCUGCAUUGUACCUGCCUAGGGCUCUGCAAGCAUUUAACAGUUGUCCGCCACAAGAAAAGAAUCAGUGAAAAUGGUGGCACGCAAAUUCUUGGUUGAACACGGCGCCUCCUCAUUCGACGUCGAUUACGACACUGACGAUGGCCUCGAAGUGCUCAAAUUCCAGCUUUUCUCUCUCACCUCCAUCCCUCCCGAUCACCAAAAGAUAUUGGGAGGUGAUGGCAAUACUAUGGUGUCUGAUGAUUCUGAUCUUGGGUUGAUUUCUGAUAAGUUGCGGCUUAUCUCGAUUGACGAGGAUGAUAACUCAAAGCCAGUGGAAACAUCUAUACCCGAUAUCAUGUCAUCUGAUGAAGAAUUUGCUCGACGUUUGCAGGCUGAAGAAGAAGCAUUAAUGAUGCAACAGUUUGUAACAAGUGAAAACCGAGAGCAAGUUGAGCAGAGAAUACGCCCAUAUAUUCAUCAAGUCUUGAUGUAUGAAGACCCACAGCGACAAGAGGCUGCACGAAAGACAGUACCUGUGGACAGGCUUGAGGAAAAAGCAGCCGUUGCAUUGGCUAGGGAGGGAAAUUUCAAACCAACAAAAGAUGAACUUGAUCAUGGAUUCCUGUUGCAGUUGCUCUUCUGGUUUAAGCAGUCAUUCAGGUGGGUGAAUUCACCACCUUGUGACAGUUGCAAUGGUGAGACAAUGAAUCAGGGCAUGGGAAGUCCAACUAAUUCAGAAUCACAUUAUGGAGCAUCUCGAGUAGAACUUUACCGCUGCAAAUCUUGCUCAAGUGUAACCCGCUUCCCUAGAUACAAUGACCCAAUUAAGCUUCUGGAAACAAGAAAGGGACGCUGUGGGGAAUGGGCUAAUUGCUUCACACUAUAUUGUCGAGCUUUUGGGUAUGAAACUCGGUUGCAUAAUAAUUACUCCCUCCGUCUAACAGAUCAUGUUUGGACAGAGUGUUUCUCACCUUAUUUGGGAAGGUGGAUGCAUCUGGAUCCUUGUGAAGGAAUAUAUGACAAUCCAUUGCUAUAUGAGAAGGGGUGGGGAAAGAAGUUGAACUAUGUCUUCGCUCUAGCUAGAGAUGGAGUUUAUGACGUCACUAAACGUUACACAAAAAACUGGCAUGAGGUUUUGUCUAGACGAGUCAUGACAACCGAGCCUGCUCUAGCCAGUAUCAUAUCUGACAUCACAAGAGAAAGGCGUAGGAGCUUUAGUUCUGAGAAGCUCAUAGAACAUCAUGAGCGUGACAAGAAGGAAGUAGAAGAAAUGGAGAGGAGCUUGUCAUUGCAAGAUGACAUGUCAAUCUCACUUCCUGGGAGACAAAGUGGGGAUAAAGAAUGGCGCGUAGCAAGAUCGGAAUUUGGUUCUGAUGAACAUUGUUCCUUGAGCUCCUCAUCUUGUCCAGUUCGCAAAUGUGUGGAUGAGCACGUGACAAAAAUUUAUGAUGCAUUUCUUCCUCUCCUCCGUCAAUUAGUAGAGGAAGCAUCUAAUAGUUCUAGAGCAACAGAUGUUCUUGAUAUUAUAAGAAAGAUUUUAAUCAGUCUGAAAAAUUCACCUUUUAAAACCAGGAGAACUAAGAUAGAUGCUGCAUCUAACUCACUGCUCAGCAGGAUGCUUCCUUCAUUAGGUCAACUGUUCGAUGCCCUCUCAUUGAAGUGGGAACCGGGGGUUGAAGGGGUUUCUGAAAUAUGCAUAGCUUCAGAUCCUGUGAAAACAUCCUUGGCACUACCUGUUGUUUUCCAUGCACUAGAUGAUUUGAUCCAGAAUGUACGUGCUUGUAAAGAGUUGAAAAAAGAAUCUCUUUCAUGGCCACUUCUGAAGUUAAACAGAAUAUGUUCUGGUUUCAUACUUGCAAGUGGUGAGGAACUUCCUUUUGGAAUAGCUACAUCUGCAUUUGAUGGAACACGCUUGUCAAAGUUUGAAGAACCAAAUGGUGCUACAGGCUGUUGGAUCAUUUAUAAGGUAUUGGAAAAUCGGAUGCAUGAACUGGUUUCUUAUGAAUUGAUGUCAGCAAAUGAUGCUCCAGAGAGAGAUCCAAUGGACUGGAUCCUUGAAGGAAGUGAAGAUGGAGGCUCCACUUGGCUCAUGUUGGACAAGCAAACCUCCGAGAAGUUUGAUAAAAGAUUCCAGCGAAAAACAUAUGAAGUUGGAUCACGGUCAUUCUUGGCGAAUGCCUUCAGGUUUAGGUUUCUAGCCGUACGAGAUGCAAAAUCAACUUCUCGGUUUCAAAUAGGUAGUAUUGAUCUCUACGCGAGGACAAACACUGUUCCCAGCAUGGAAUAGAAAUGUAAAUGAAGAUACGCAUGAGCUCUCUGAUCAGAGGUUCUAUAUUUAUGAUCAGUAAAUAAACCAAGAUUCCCCCUUGGUGUGUGUAGAUCGCUGUAUUAUAGCAGACAAUUGUGGAUUUUGUACCUAUCAAACUGUAAUGUCAAUGCCAUUGUAAUCUGUAUGGAUAUGGGUAUUAUGAAUUUAUGAUGAUGUCAACAAGUAUCUGAUUCUUCA